AUGACGGGUAACGGUAAUGGUUCAGGUAGUACAACUACCGUCACAACGACAACUACAACAGCACCCACCGUAACACCAGCGGGAUCUGGUAUAGUUAACGCGAUUUCAAUUAAACUACCAGAAUUCUGGAAGAAAAUGCCUGCAAUAUGGUUUAUUCAAGUCGAGUCUCAAUUUUCAACGCGAAAUAUUUUUACAGAACAAACAAAAUUUCACUAUGUAGUACAGGCACUUCCUCAAGACGUGGCCGCAAGUGUUUACGAUAUCCUAGUUCAAAGUUCAAACUCGCCAUACACAGAUCUUAAAAAAGCUUUAAUUGAUAGACAUUCCAUGAGCGAGAGUAAACGUAUAGAACAACUAUUAUCGGGCGAAGAGAUGGGAGACAAAAAACCUUCUGAAUUUUACAGAAGAUUACAAACAUUAGCUGGACAAUCAAUGAUUGUCACUCAAAGUCUAAUCCUAGAACUUUGGAGACGUAGACUUCCUACUCUUGUCCAGGCUUCAAUAAAAUCUUCCUCAGAAACGAAACUAGACGUUUUACUGAACAUGGCUGAUGAAAUAUACGAUGUUUAUCAGCAACAAAGUUCUUCGUUUAAUAUCCCAUCGCACAACGACACCACAAUAAUCAGCGCCCUUCACGGGAUAGUAGAAGACAAACAUCUUCGAUCAAUUUUCAGCGAAAUAGAUCCAACUCCAGGAAAAAUAGCAACUUUUGUUGGUUUCACAAUAGAAACUACUGUCAUCAAUGCGGCGAAUGACAGUAAUAUGACAAAUUUUCAAAGCCGCAUCUUCAUAAAAGAUCCACUUUCAAAACUCACAUUUUUAAUCGAUUCUGGUGCUGAUGUCUCAGCCAUUCCAUCUAGCAUGGUGAAAGACGAAAAGCGACACAAACCCGAUCAAAUUAUUUCCGCAGCUAAUGGCUCACAAAUCAAGUUUACGGUACCAAGCACCUCAAAACAACACUUGGUUUUCGAAAGACUCAUCGAUCCUCUCACUCAAUCAAGUGUCACAGGAACACUUUGCAAUCAAAACAUAACAAGUCCUCGUUUUUUCGCAAUCGAAGAGCAAUAUAACUCUAUUUUAAGAGAUUUCUCUUCACUUAUGCAACCUCCUGAUUUCACUCUACCUAUCAAACAUUCAGUGGUACACCACAUUCUCACCAAAGGCUCAUUGCCAAGUUCACAACCCAGACGGUUGAACAACGUAAAGUUUAAAAUAGCAAAAGAGGAAUUCGAAUACAUGGUUCAAAUCGGCAUUUGCCGACCAUCAUCAUCCCCGUGUGCAUCUCCUUUACACAUGGCAGCCAAACACGAAGCGAACGAUUGGAGACCAUGUGGCGAUUACCGCCGGCUUAACGCCUUGACCAUUCCUGAUCGAAAUCCGCUACCUCACAUCCACGAUUGCAACGCACACAUACAAGGUUGCAAUAUUUUUUCAAAAGUCGAUUUAAUUCGCGCAUACCACAACAUUCCGGUGGCAGAAGACGAUAUUCACAAAACUGCAAUUACAACGCCUUUUGGGCUAUUCGAAUUUUUGCGCAUGCCUUUUGGGUUACGGAAUGCAGCGCAAACAUUCCAGCGUUUCAUGUCACAAGUAACAAAAGGCCUUGAUUUUGUAUGGGUUUUCGUUGACGACAUUCUGGUCUCGAGCAAAUCUUCUGACGACCACGAGAAACAUUUGAGAACUCUCUUUCAACGGUUAGAAGAAUACGGAUUACGUAUAAAAACCUCAAAAUGUAUUUUUGGCGCUUCAAAACUACAAUUUUUAGGUUUCGACAUUUCAAAAGAAGGAAUUCAACCAUCCCAAAGUAGAGUUGAAGCCAUCACUAAUUUCCCAGAACCCACUUCAAUUAAAAGUGCACAACGUUUUGUUGGUAUGGUGAACUAUUACCACCGCUUUAUACCACACCUAGCACGCAUACUCGCGCCAAUUUACAAUCACCUUUCGAGUCUCGAAAAAGACAAGAAACGAAAAUUCACAUGGCCAGCUGAAUGCCAAGAAGUAUUCUCAAAGGCAAAAUCGGAACUUGCUAAAGUAACUUUGCUAAACCAUCCACGCGAAAACGCAAAACUCAGCAUCACGACUGAUGCGUCUAACACGGACAUUGGAGCGGUUCUCCAACAACAAAAUGGUGAAGCCUGGAGCCCAUAG